AUGGCACGCCACCGUCCCGGCAAGAAGGCCGCCGCUCGUGCGGCAUGUGUGGCACCCGACACGCCUACCUCCUCCACUGGCAGCGGUGACGCUGCCAGUGGAGGGGCAGAUAAGGUCCGCCUGACAGGCUGUGGGUACUCAUCUGAAUGAUCCCAUGUGUGCUGCGACUCUCAGGAGAUUAUUCGUCUCCUACGGGAUAAGCUACGUUCCGAGCGGGAGGAGCGGGCCAAGACGGAGUCCAUUCUCCAGCAGGUAGGAGGGAGAGGGAAGGCGGGCCAAUGGCUGCCAACAACCUCUGCUGCCCUGUCUUUCAGGAGCUACUGAAGCUGUGCCGCGUUAAUUCUGAGUUGAACAAGGUAAGAUCGUCGACUUUUAACACAUGCCAAUCUGAAUGCCGUGUGGUGUGUGUGCAGGAGCUGGCUGCCGCCAAGGAGGACAACAAGAACUUGCUGGACCAACUGCACGUGUUGGUAUGCGCCACCCAUUCACUCACACAUAAGCAGAUCGAUGUGCAUUCAUUCUACGUCUGUCUGUGUGUGGGUGUGUGUGCAGGUCAACGAGCCGAGCCUUGAUGUUGCGGGGCGGCACUCCCUCCUGCUCCUCCUGCGAUCGUAAACCUCACACACAUCCAUCCACUCACAACAUGGCCAGAUCCAAGUGCACCUGCGUCUCUGUGCAUGUGUUGUGUGUGCAGUCUGGUUCCCUCGGUGCUGGUGCUCCUGACGUUGGUUCGGUCGCUCCUGGAGUUGGCAAGACCUCCACGACGUCGCCUGCCGGCAAUGUACGCGCUCACACACAACAUCAACUCAUUCAUGGGCAGGUCCCGUGACAAUGUGUGUGUUCAGGACAGAAGCCUCGGGCAACAUGCUCGCCGCACCGUCUGAGAGGCCCGGCGAGAGCAGGCAGACCGGCAACGAUCGGCCGAGGAGGAAUCCAUGGUGACCAAGGUAUGAUGGCCAGCUGCCGGUAAGGACACACUUGCCAUAAUUCUGGACUUCGCUGUGCACAAGGGCCUUCUAUGUUUGCAGGCGUGCAAUUGCUGCCUCCAUUUUAUAUUCGACGGCCGUGUUUUUGAGAUCCGACGUGCGGCCGCCACUUCCGCAUUAUGUCUCGAGACAGCCUGAGAGGAGACAUCAUCGUCACGAUGUUGGACGGGGUUGAGAAGGGCGGCGGGUAAGCAGCGCGCGGCACACACACGGGCAGGGGAAAGUCACGGAAUCUGUGUGCAUGGAUCUCGUUUCCUGCCCUUGAGAUAGAGCCUCGGCGGGCAAAUCGCUGUCUACAUUUUAUAUUCGAUCGAUUGAUGACGACAUAUUGAGCCGCACGCCUUGCCCCGCCGUCUGGGCAUCAGAUGUGAGCUGUCGAAAUGUACUGAUCAACUCGCGGGUAAGCGUGUGUGUGCACGCAGGUAAAGUGCCGUCUGCGUCUUACAUCUGUGGCCCUCUCCUAGUACUUCAUCGUGGACCUGGCGGCUGUACAUCGAUCGCAUCAACAUCUCCGGCGG